GAAAAAAUAUCACGCAAACAAAAAAACAUAUGGCGAUGAUGACUUUAUUUUCCACAUAUUUCAUAAAACUACAUCUGAAUUUCCAGAUAAACAUCGUACAAAUAAUAAAAAAAUCGCAGACAGUGACUUAAAUUUAAACAAAAAUGCUAUGUCUACUGAUGAAACUACAUAUAAGUCUUCAAAUAAAUAUCAUAAAAAUACACAUAAUUACGAUGACAAACCUUUCCAUACAUCAAAUUCUGAAGAUAAAUUAGACAAUACUAGGUAUACUACAAAUACACGAAUGGGAAAGGUACAUGUGGAUGGAUAUAAUUCAAAAAAACAUAAAUACGAUGCAAAACACUCGCACAAGCCAUCUGAUAUUGAAGAGGACCCAAGAGAUCAAGGCACUCAUACAACUGAAACUAGAAGUAUAACAAAGUACAGGAAAGGAUAUAACUUAAAGGAAUCUAAUAAUAUCAGACUACAUAAAUUACCAAAUUUCGAUAGUAAAUUAGAGACUCUUCAGUCUACUGAAAGAACUGAAAACAAAAUCGCUAUACCUUUGAAGAAUAAUUAUUCAAAAAUAGAUAAAAUUUACAGAAAUUAUGUUCAAGAAGCCUCCAACACUGACGGCGAUGUAACAAAAUCUCCAAAGAAUGCUAAGACAAAUGAAAUUAAUACCACGGCUGAAACUCAGUCUUCUCAAUCGCAACCAGUUGUACUAAGAGCAGCCUUUGAGAAAUAUUAUCAAACAGAGCAUAAGCAUGAUAAGGUAUUAGAUUUUACCGAAACACGUAGUUCUGAUAUUGGAUCGCAUAUAAAUACAGUCCCAGUCACAUCAUCUACGGAAAAUUGCGACUCGUCUAGUGAACUUUCAGAGAACGGAAUAGAAUCACAUAGAAUACAAACAGAAGAUAAAUUUGGAACAAAAUGGACUUGGCCUACUUUUGAACGUUUGUUAGAAGUAAUGGGUAAAAGAUACGAUUGGAGAAGCGAUCGCUGGAUCGAAUUGAAACACCAUGCAAACCAGAAAAUGACCAAUGCAGAUUUUAUAAAUAAUUUCCAAGAGAAACAUAAAUUCAGUUAUAGUACAAUAAAGUUAAAUAGCACUAAGAGUAGAAGAAAUGUUGUAAUAGCGGUUACAGCCGUAAGGUAGAUGGUCUUUAUUGGUAGUAUUAAAGCAUAGAUAGAAAAAUGGUUCUAUUUUUUUGUAUAAUUAAAGGGACCAACAGGGUGGUAGUUAGUUGGUUAAACAUAAAUGA